AUGAGAGACGAAGUCAGAUCAUUCUGUCUGAAAGUCACCACUUUUGUCAGAACAGCUACAAUAUUUACAAUAACUCAUGUUGGAUUAUGUUUUCUGGUGGCUCUGUAUGCAGUUGCUGGAGCAUUUAUGUUCCAAGCAGUCGAAUAUCCAUACGAGUUGGGAUUACAGGGAAAAGUGAAAAAUGCAUCGUUGAAGGUGGUCGAUGACAUCUAUAGAUUCAUAAAUAAGAAGAGUGUAAUUGAAGAAACUGCAGUGAAGAAUGAAUCACAAUGGGCAUUGAAAGAAUUCGAAAUGCUUUUGGUUCAUGCGAUGAAUUUUGAAGGUUACGAUGAGCAUGAUGAAGAACGGCCGACAUUUCAAUGGACGUUCUCUGGAGCUCUUUUGUAUUCAAUCACUGUAUUCACAACUAUCGGAUACGGUCACAUCUGCCCAAAAACUGAUACAGGUCGACUGCUCACAAUACUUUAUUCUGUUCUCGGAAUUCCAUUGAUGCUUCUUUGUUUGGCAAAUAUUGCAGAGACACUUGCUCAGGUAUUCACUUACAUAUAUUUCAAACUAUGUUGUGCUUACUGUCGUUGGCAAAAGAAUAGACGACGUGUCCGACGGGCGGCUCUAAGCUUUCGCUAUCAUCCGAAUGCAGCUGUGAAUGUUCGAAGAGUUCAAAGUUCUCGAAGUGCUCAAAGGCAUAAUACAGUACGACGACACGCAUCAUUAAAUCGAUCAAGAACGAGAAGUAAUGAUACAAAAUCAGUUCGAAGUUUUAAUAGAUACGAAACAACAAAUACUCAGCCAUCAUCUCAACCUCCUCGAUUCGAUACAAUGUCACUUCCCGGUCGACGAAAAAUCAGUACUCAAAGUAGAAGUCCGAAUGGAACAAUGUCGAAACUUCCGAAUUUUCCACAGGCGAAAAGAAGUUUCAGAGGAACACAUCUACAAAAAUCAAAUACAGCAAUUAAUAUGGAACAGUUGUAUACUGAUGAGAAGAGAAAUCGAAGAGGAAGGCAUGCAGUCAGUGAAAGUCCGGCUAGAGAAUAUAAAGGAGGGCUCCUUGUCCGUGCUCAACAUCAACCAGAUGAAGGCGUUGUUGAUCUGAAAGCAUACGGUGGAUCAGCUGCUGCAUUCCAUGAUUUAGUAACCAGAAAACAACGGAAAGAUGAUGCAGUUCCAAAUGUGAUCAUUUCAAGAACCAGAGAUGAAGAUGUCAAAUCAGAUCCAGAGAAAACAGAAGAAACAAGCAUGUCACUAACUGAUGACGAAGAUAUUCAAAAGCCACCGAGAAGGAACAAUUCAGCAAGAGAAUUGAGAGAAAAAGAAAUGAUGAUGAUGCAUUCAAUGACACAUAAACAGCCGAGUAUGGAUAGUAGUACUUCGAGAAGAAUGAGAGAUAUUGAUGGAAGAAGUUAUCGAUCGGAUAGAUCAGAAAGAUCUGAUGAAAUGUCGUUGCACUCUUUGAGAAGAAAUGGCCAUCGAGCUCACGAAAAAAUGCCGGUCAGUGUUGGAAUCUGCAUAGUUUUUGCAUUCAUAUCAGGUGGAGCUUGGCUGUUCGCGUGGUGGGAGAACUGGAAUGGAUUCGACGGAGCCUACUAUUGCUUCAUCACUUUGAGUACGAUUGGAUUCGGAGAUAUAGUACCAGGUCAAGCAUUGGACGAAGGAAGUCAAGAGAAACUGGUUGUUUGUGCCCUUUAUCUUCUUUUUGGAAUGGCUCUUAUCGCCAUGUGUUUCAAAUUAAUGCAAGAUGAUGUUGUACAAAAAGCCAGAUGGCUUGGGCAAAAAAUUGGAAUUCUCGUUCGAGAUGAAUCAUCAGAAUCAGAAUCAGAUUUUGAAGAUGAUAUGAUAGAAGAAGAUGAAGAAGAUAUGAGUGAAGAGAGGAACGAUCAGGAUAAACGGACAAUUUCAUCUGGAUCUUCGAAGCAGAAUGAUGAAUACAUUCAUCCGAGGAAAUAUCAUCAUCAUCGUAGAUAG